AUGCCUAAAAAAUCGACUCAUUUUGGCUACGGAGCUCUUUUGCUCAUCGCGUUCAUUUUAACAAUUGUUGCAUUAUUUACACCGGGAUGGCGAAGUUAUAAAGGCUCCGGUGCUCCCGAUCUCGGGCUUGUUACGAGAUAUUGCGGAGAUGGAAAUCGACAAGUCAACGAAUUCGAUUGCCGAGCAUGGCAUAAGAGUCAGCUUCCAUUCGAAAAAGCUACACUGGGAUUGGUCGUCAUGGCAUUGAUCUUCGAAUUCUUUUCGAUUUGCUGCUUCUUCGGUUUGUUCUCAUCUCGAGCUCAACUCGGCGUUCCCGCCUUGUCGACAACAUUUUUGGCAUUCGUUUGCAUGCUAAUCGCCAUCAUUGUGUACGGUGUUCGAAUGCAGUAUAAAAUUGCUUACCUUCAAUCAACGACUUUUGAGCUUCUGGCCAAUGUAUAUUUGGGAUACUCCUAUUGGCUCGCCGUUAUCGCCGCAAUUUUCCUUUUCUUCGCCACCGGAGUAACCAGCGGCUUCUUGAAAAAACAAGGCGAAACACAUUUACAUUAA